AUGAGGAUACGAGACGUCGACGAGGUUACGGCUACAACACAAAUCAGAUCUAUGGUGGAGGAAAUUCACCAUACGGCUAUCCACAACAACCAGUUUAUAAUUAUGGUGCAAGAAGACACAGUGGGAGUUCUGACUCGGACCAUUCGGAUCACCGAAGAGGAUCUUCACGGUACCGAAACCAAGGAGGGUAUGGCGCAAAUUAUCGACGUUACUCAGGUGAUCGUCAUUCAAGUUCUGAUGAAGGGAAACGAAGCAGAAGAUUGUACUAAGGGACACUUAUUGCCAACAACCAUUACCGGGUUUUCUAUAAUGAAUGAUAACCCAAAGUGA